AUGGCUGCCUCCGCCACGGCCGCGAGGCCUCUCGCCGGGGCCGCUGCCGUCCCGCUCCCGCUCUCGGCGCGGCCGCGGACUGCCAGGGUCGCCUUGCUCCCCCUGGCUCCUGUUCCUGCCCAGCGCCUCACUCUCGGGCGGACCGGGCGGGAGCGGCUGCCGGCGCGCGGUCGGUCGGUGCGGUGCCUGGCGGCGCUGAGCCCGGAGAUGCGGGCGACGCUGGACAAGGUCGUGGGGUCCAGCAAGGUGGUGCUGUUCAUGAAGGGCACCAAGGAUUUCCCGCAGUGCGGCUUCUCGCACACCGUCGUGCAGAUCCUGCGCUCGCUCAACGUGCCCUUCGACACGCUCGACGUGCUCGCCAACGAGGUGCUCCGGCAGGGGCUCAAGGAGUACUCCAGCUGGCCCACCUUCCCGCAGCUCUACAUCGACGGCGAGUUCUUCGGCGGAUGUGACAUCACCGUUGGUAUAUACUAUGUUUUCUUGCUUCGUUCACUGAUGCUCGUGCCUGAAAAUUCUAGACGUUUUUGCUGA